GGCAGACAGAGAGAACCAUCAUCAACUAUCCACCAUCAACCAUGUCGUUCAUGAAGGGAGAUCUUCUGACAAAAACUAGGAAGCUCGUGAAAGGUCUUGCCAAGGCCAAGCCCGUAUGGCUUAAAGCCAUGGAAGAGGCUCCACCUGUGACAUUCCCUCGUACUGAUGGAAAAGUGGAGAAAAUCAGUCUUCCUGAGGAUAUCUAUAUAAAGAAGUUCUUUCAAAAACAUCCAGAUUCUAAAUAUGAAGAUGCUAUCAGGUUUUGUGGCUUUGAACCCCCUCCAGCUCGUGUCUUUGGUUGGCGAGUACUUGAGCUGAAAGAACAGGGAGUGAGCGAGGAGGAAGCGAUGGCUGUUGCUGAUAUGGAAUACCGAUCAGAAAAGAAAGCAAAGAAGCAAGCAUAUAAACGGCUGAAGCAGAUUGCACGUCUCCAAGGAAAGAAACCUCCACCUAACCCAUAUCCAAGUGCUAUCAAGGAAAUACAGGCUGAAGAGAGGAAGUAUGUUCGUGACCGUUUCUUCAAUCCCAAGAUACGAGAAGUCGUGCAGAAAUUGAAAGAAGAAAAGGCAGCUGAGAUGCAAGAAAGAAUGAGCAGAGGUGGUUGGUAAUUUCAAUUUGCCUGACAUAGGCAAGCAUCUGUGGCUUCUUAAACCCAAGCCUAAUAAAAUAUUGGCCUGUAGGGGUCAAGCCAUAUUUAGGAUCUUUACGAUGGGGUUAAUUUUAUUUUGUAGGGAUGUUGAUCUUGCAUUAUGAAGUGUUUGGCCAUGUAAGAUUUUGUAAGAUGGGGCAGAUGACAAAUUCCUCACCUUAUUCGAUUCGGUCCAUUAAUUUUAUUUGUUUAAAAUGCAAGCUUUUUCUAAUUUCUU